GCCAGGAUCAAUCAACAUGGUGACAUUCGGCCAGUAUGAAGUGGAGUCGGAGCCCAUCUACAGCAGCGGCACGUCGGUGGUCGUCAAGGCUGUUGACGCCGGCCUGUGCAACCGAGUGUUUGACAAGGUCGUGCGGAGAAAGACAAAAGGGAUGACCGACAAGGAAUUCUUUGCUGCCAUGAACCUUCUGGUGCUCGCGAGUUCCACUUUGCCGACGUUCUUGCAAGACCCCAAGGUACCGCAUCAACGAGUGUGGGGUGACCAAUUCGACGACGUGUUGUCUCCGGAUGGGAGCCCCAUCUCGCUGGACGCGUUUUCCAGCUACACAAGCAGCAUAUUUGGGCCGCUGACGGUCGCCAUCAAGUUUAUGAGCGAUUCCACGGCUUAUGACAAGGAAACGAAUUUGCGUCGCAUGCACAAGGACAUGUCGGUGCUGCCGCUCCUUCCCACCGAGAGUUUGGAGUGGUUCCAGGACGCGACCAAGUCCCUUGUGCUUCAAGGCGACUCGUUGGCGUCAUAUCCUUAUGCGAUUGUCAUGCCGUUCGCCUCCAUGACCCUCGCGGAUGUCCUUUCCAGUGAAUCCGUGCAGCGGAAAUGCGACGUUCUCAAGGAACUAUCCAUUGCCCUCUCUGCGUUCCACCAGGAGCAACACGUGCACGGCGACGUCACGCCCUUGGACGUCGUGUUCGUCCACGGGAAGCUCUACGUGAUCGACGGCGACGCGUCCGCCCGCAUCGCCGACCGCCAACUGCCCGUCAAGUUUUCCACGAGCAUCCUCCCGCCAGAAAUGUUCUGCAAACUCGACACCGCCAAGGACGUGGACAGCGUGACCGCGUACUGGCACGGGCACGUCGACGGAUCUCGCGUGUUCCAGUGUGGGUCGUCGUCGUCGCCACCCUUCACGGUGCGGGCGGCGUGUGCGGCCAAAGGCGCCGCGGGGCUUCCGUACCCGCCGGUGCUCGUGUCCCAGAAGGCCGACUCGUGGGCGUUCGGGUGCCUCUUGUUCACCGUGGUCACGGAUCAACACUUGGUGCCCGUGAUCGACAGAUAUGACUUGGCGCACUUGAAGUGCGCGGCGUCCUGGACCCCCGAGUCCAUACGACACCACAUCACCAAGUUCGUGUUGGACCCCCACGCGCACGCGCUGCUCGUGGCGCUGCUCCAUCCGGACCCGGACAACCGGAUGCCCCUGCGAAAUGUCGCGAGCCAUCCAUUUUUCACGGGCGCCGUGACCGCGGCCGAGCUCGAGGCGAUGGUCGCCGUCGCCCUGGAUAAUGCGCGGCAGUUGGAGCGGCAGGCGACGGAUCUGCUGGAUCAGGCGCGCCGCAACAACCGGACGAUUCUGGCGUCGAUGGCAGCGAUGGAGGCCGCCGUGGACGACAUGAAGCGCGCGCUGUUCAAUGCGAUCCUCGAGGCGAAUGACGUGGACGUGCCAUCUUCGUUCAUCCUUCUCACGACCAAACUACAAGCCCGAUCAUCCACCAAGAACGAUCUAGAAGAAGAACAAGAGCUGAGCACGUUCGUGGCCUUCUUGGCGGCGACGGGGGCCGAGUUUGUGCAGUCAUUAAGCAGCACCGCCGCGACCGCCCGCGCGCUGCAAAGGAUGGCGGGCGGACGACCCAUGUACUUGUACCUGGUGGACGAAGUCACGCGGCUGCCCGUAGUUCCCGACGAAGAGGAGGAUGAUGUGUACCCGAUUGAGCUUGUGGCCAACUCGACGCAGUACGUUGAGUUUAUGACGACGUGCAUGCCCCUGAUCCAGGGCGGGUUUAAGCUGGUCCAGCGAGGCAACAAUAUCGCGCGCCUCCUCUCGUGGUUUGGCGUGCCCAGUGUCGACAGGGACACGUUCGAGGCCGUGGACGCGGUGAUUUCGGCCAUGACGUGCACGCCGGCGCUUCUGGCGGACCAGUUAAACGCGCCGCCCGAGAUGGGCCGCGAAGAGGCGGUGGAGGCGGUGCGCGGCGCCCAGCUCCGCAUGCUCAAGGGCCUGCUGGAAGCUCAAGACCCGGCGAAAACGUUUGCCGGCAUGGCGCGCGCCCACGACGAGCACGGAAACGCCGUGUGGACCACCGCCGAACGCGCCGAGAUGCUCAAGAACCGCAUGAGCGUGGCCGACGUGCGCCGGUUGGCAGAGGAGGACGCGGAAAAGAAGGCGGAACAGGAAAAGAAAGCGGAACAGGAACGGGAGGCGGAACAGGAACGGGAGGGGGAACAGGAACGGGAAAAGGAGGCGGAAUGUCAGCGGAACGAUGGCAUGUUGGCGACGGAGAAGAAGGACGAGGAAAGCUGCGACGCGUUCUUGGAACGAGUGGGCGGCGAUGUCCAACGGUCGUGUGUCAGUUUGUGCAGUAUCAUGUGAAUAGGAUUGGCGUCGAACUAGAAAUAAUAUAUCAGCGACAUUUAUUAAUACUUGAAAGUAUUAAUAGUUUGUCGUAUUUUUACCCAAGAA